CUUUCGCAUAGAAAAUGACAUGCAUAAAAAAGCAACUGGACAGUCUCAUGUCUUACUUACGGCUGUGCAGUGUGAAAGCAGAGAAACGCAGAGACCGCGAUUUCACAAGCACCACCUGCUCCACCCUUCACGUAAUCAUCCUCAGAUGUCUUUCCGUCAAUCACCGUCCUUCACUUCAUCAUCACCCCCGUACGAUGACCAUAUUCCGUCGAAGCGAAAACUGGAUGAUUACGCCGCUGAUGACGAGGAUAAACUAGGCUCUGUUCGGAUGCAGAGGGACGAAAUCUCGGCCGUCCCUGACUCAUCCAACGGCGGCGGUGGCGGAACAAUCUUUUCUAUCUCUCCGAACUUCAAUAAGCUAAAUCACGGACCCGAUUCUCUAUCUUCCCCAUCAUUAUUGGACUGCCGGCAACCGGAGUGCAAAACUCAGGUACAGUUCUUUAUCAAGUCAAUUUGGGGCGGAAAUACAUUGGUUGUGCGUGCUAAUUCGGACGAGACGGUAGGUUCUCUACUUGAACGGCUUGAUCUCAAGACUGGAAUACCUGUAUCUGAGCAGCGAUUAAUUUAUAGGGGAAGAGAACUACAAAGGGAUCAGUCUUUAGCUGAUUGCCAUAUCCAAAAUGAUGCUGGACUCACAAUGGUGGGCCGAAUGAGGAGCACAAGACACCCUGCGGGAUGGAAUGCCAUAGAUUGUAUGAUUUCAAAAAUUUACCAACUUUGCAAAGGCGAGGUGGUAACUGGACCUUCUAAAUACAUUACCGACCGUAUGUCAGAUUUCUUCUCAGGAGUGCCAAAGAAAGAUAUAGAAUUGCAAUUUGAUUAUAUACACAUAUUCAUGGCUUCGUAUGCACCUACUGCCUUGGUUUCCCUUUACACUUCAUCAAUUGAAGGUAACCGUGAGUGUGCUUAUCAUUGUAUUAAGUAUUUCUUGACUAUCAGUAAAACUAAUCUAACUGAGUCAUUGUAUAUAAAAUGUGCACCCACCAUAAUAAUAGAGUUUUGUAAGCUGCUUAGGCAGAUAGGUCAUGUAGACCCCCUGUAUUUCCGUUGCUGGCAUACUUUAGCGUCAUUGUUGACCAAGACUUCUGUGUGGAAUGGCUUGUUGAUUUAUAAAGGUGAUAAAAAGGAUAGAGGGGAUAGAGGGAAUAUUCGGCCAGUAAUUGUGAUUCAAGACCUUUUCCCAUUUGUUAGUGAGCUAGCAAGUAGGUUGUCUAAGGACCUGGUUAAGAGCAUGGAGUUACCCUUGAGCAUUCUGUCUUUGUCGAAUGAUGUUCGUAAUCUUGUCAUUUUUUUGCCCCUGCUCCGCCAGGCAAUUGUGGAGCAAGCAGGACCCAACUGUCCUAUCUCCAUGCCACAGAACAAGAUUGGUUCCAGCCAUCCAUGGCAUGAGCAAGAGAUAAGACUGCUUCAUAACAUAUUUGUUGAUUUGCUGUUAAAGAUGGAUGAUUGCCUUAAGAACAUGGAGGACCGUUUGUGUCUGAAUUCAAAUGCAGAAGGCGAAGUUGUUCGUACAGGAUGGUCACAGUAUCUUGCGAUUCUGAAAGAAUUGAACAGCAUUUCUAAACUAUAUCAGGGUGCUGAGGAGAAGUUUUGGGGGGAAUUGACCCAUAGGAAGGCUUCUUUCUCUAUGCUAAUUAUUAGGUAUGCUAAGCCAGCUGACGAUAAUCAAUGGCUUUUUCAGCAUAAGGAAGUGACAAAUUUUGAAUCCAGGAGGCAUUUGGCUAUGAUGUUGCUCCCAGAGGUAAGAAAAGAUAAUGACGAGCUGUAUGAGAUGCUUAUUGACAGGUCUCAACUGUUGUCAGAAUCAUUUGAGUACAUAGCACAUGCGGAUCCUGCUUCUCUAUGUGGUGGUUUAUUUUUGGAAUUCAAAAACGAGGAAGCCACAGGUCCUGGUGUUUUAAGGGAGUGGUUCAUCCUGGUGUGCCAAGCUAUAUUCAAUCCAAAAAAUGCACUUUUUGCAGCAUGCCCAAAUGAUCAUAAAAGAUUUUAUCCCAACCCUUCAUCUAAGGUGGAUCCCAUGCAUCUGGAGUACUUUAGCUUCUCUGGUCGGGUAAUUGCUCUCGCUUUGAUGCAUAAAGUACAAGUGGGAAUUUUCUUUGAUCGAGUGUUUUUCUUGCAAUUGGCUGGAAUGCAACUUUCUGUAGAAGAUAUUCGGGAGGCAGAUCCAUUAUUAUAUAAUAGCUGUAAGCAGAUCCUUGAGAUGGAUGCUGAGUUUAUUGAUUCAGAUGCUUUAGGACUGACAUUUGUUACAGAAGUUGAGGAGCUAGGAUCCAGGAAAGCUGUGGAGCUUUGCCUGGGUGGGAAGAAUAUUGUUGUGAAUAGCAAGAAUAGAGAAGAAUAUGUUGAUCUUCUCAUCCAACAUCACUUUGUGACGUCAAUCUCUGAACAGGUCUCUCAUUUUGCGCAAGGUUUUGCAGAUAUUCUUUCUAAGCCAGACAAGCGGACAUGUUUCUUCCAUAGUUUAGAGCUACAAGACCUUGACUGGAUGCUAUAUGGAACUGAAAGUGUUAUCUGUGUUGAUGAUUGGAAGGCACAUACUGAUUUCAAUGGCUACACAGAAACUGAUCCUCAGAUACUGUGGUUCUGGAAGAUUGUUGGGGAAAUGUCAGAAAAACAGAAGAAGGUUCUCCUCUUCUUCUGGACAUCAGUGAAAUAUCUUCCAGUUGAGGGUUUCCGUGGUUUAGUUUCUAAACUUCACAUAUACAAGUCCUCAGAGCCCCAUGAUCGUCUUCCCUCAUCUCACACAUGCUUUUACCAGUUGUGUUUUCCACCCUAUCCUUCCGCAGCUGUUAUGCAAGAUCGUCUUCUCUUCAUCACCCAGGAACAUGUUGGUUGCAGCUUUGGUACUUUGUGAAGUAUCACUCCCUCCUACAUUCAGAUAAAAAGCGGGUUUUUUUUUACUGAGCAUAGAAAGAUAUUAUACCGGUUGUACAGAAUAUAGGAAAGCCGGUUUUUAUCCUUUUUCUGCUAAAUAUACUAACGCUGUCUGGAGGUUAUGUUGGUUAUCUGUAGUUUUCUUGUGAGGGUUGAGAUGUCAAUGCAUGCUCAACUGUUUAUAUAGGUCUUAGCAUAAA